CCCACUGAUUUCAUUUCAUAUAACUAACUGUCAAAGUUGAAUUUUGCAACAUGAGUACCCCGAAAGCAACUGAAGAGAAAAAGGAGCAAGGUGGAGUGGAAAUCAAGGUGGUGGACACGGUUGAUUAUCGAUCACCGGCAGGGGAAGACAAAAAACCCACGAAGGAGGAGGUGGAGGUGAUUCAUGAGACUAAAGAUGGGGCCAAUUCAGGGACUGGAGGCGGCGGAGUCCUUGCUGGUGCAGCAGCUGCAGUUUCAAAUGCCUUUCAAUCCGCCAAGGAUGCCGUUUCUGGCAGUGCCAAAGAUCAGAAGACCACUAAAUGACUGAGACCAUCUGAUCAUAUCAUUACAUUAAUGUAACAUGUGCUUCUUGUAUUGGAAUUUGGAUGGAGAAUAAAGACUGUUUUGAUUUGAAUGUUUC